CUCAGAACUUGUCAACAAGAAGGCCGACUGACAUGGUGAAGUCUAACUGAACAAACCUCCCAAAAUGGCUCUUCUUUGAUGUUUAAAAAAAAACCUUUUAAGUCUUUUAGCUUUUAUAUAUUUUAGAGGAGAAGCUUUACCACAAUGACCUUCACUUACAGCUUCUGUGCGCUCUUAGUUUUCACCCUGACAGCAUGCAGCCGAUUCGGGCCCACCUUCUGCGCCCCCAAAUGUGGGGGUUCCCUCCAAGUGUUGGACAGCAAAGAGGGUGAGAUCAGCAGUUCUACGUACCGCAGCUGGUCGUUCCACUAUGGCUCUCUGUAUGACUGCUGGGUCAUCAAGGGCUCGGAAGAAGAGCCCAUUGUUCUCAGCUUUUCCCAGUUUGAAACACGGUGUAGGAAGGAAUGGGUGUCGCUAAAAUCAUCAGCUGGCGGCGAGGCGAUUGUACUCUGCGGCUCCAAGCUGCCGCAACCAAUGGAGUUCCCGGGGGGAAACAUUACAGUGAUGCACCACUUCCUUCCGCAACGGUACCCUGUGUCGUCUUUCCGCUUGAACUACGCCAGAGACUAUGAUGAAUGCCCAGUAAGUUCUUUCGAGUGCCCGGGGGGGGGCCGCUGCAUCCCUUUCUCUUGGCGCUGUAACGGCCAGGUGGAGUGUCUAGGUGAAGGUGCGGGCCAGGGCGACGAUGAGCAGGGCUGUGAGGCAGAAGAGGAAAACCUUGAGCCAACAAAGCAUGGCCUCACACAGGCAGAAGAGACUCACACGGAGAGUAACCAGGACCGGGACUCUGACAAGCCUUUCCUGGUAGAUAAUGAGUCUGACCUGUGGGAGCUGCUGAAGGAGAGGGAGGAGGAGGAGGCCAGAGUGGAUCGAGUGGCGGCUCACACCCACAGGCAGCCCGCGGUGACGCCCACUCCCAUCGAAUGGCCCUGCGGAGGGCUCCUCCAGACCUUCUACGGGACCUUUUCCCCACCUGCCCUCCGGGGCCCCCCGCUGCUCUGCGUCUGGACUCUGGACCCUCAGGACUCGAGGCCCCUGAGACUGGACCUGCAGCAGCUGGUGCUCGGACGCGGGGACAGACUCUCCGUCUACAACAGAGAGAAAGGCAAAGGAGACAUUAUUAAGAUUAUCACCAGCGCCUCUAAUUACAAAUCGGUCCAAGUGGAGUCCCACACCGGCCUGCUGUCGAUGACCUACGAGACUCUUCCCGAGUCGGAGGGGAACGGCUUCAACGCCACGUUCCACGUCGGGACGUACUGCCCCCCCUGGGAGGGUCGGUGCGGGGGGGCGGCGGGAGGGUGCUUCACCCAGGAGCAGCGCUGCGACGGGAAGUGGGACUGUGCCGAGACGGGGAAGGACGAGGAGGGUUGCAGAGGCUGCAGCCCCAACCAGUUUGCGUGCGGAUUGGCAGGUCAGAGGUCAGUGGCGUCCAGUCGCCUCGCCGGGAUACCGGUGUGCUACCCGGUGACGGAGAGAUGCAACUACCAGCUGUACUGCGCUGACGGCAGCGACGAGAGGGACUGCACCGUGUGCCAGCCCGGGACCUUCCACUGUGACAGCGACAGGUGUGUGUUUGAGAGCUGGCGCUGUGACGGUGAAGGCAGCGUGGACUGUAAAGGACGGGACGGACGAGCUCACUGCACCGCAUCCUGCCACCGCAAGGUCAUCACCUGCGGCAACGGGUAGGCAGCCUGGUCUGUGGGCUGCUUGGUCAUCGCCAUGGGCUGCACCUGUAAACUGUACUCGCUCAGACCAAGGGAGUACAGCUUGUUUGCACCGAAUCAGCCGUCAGGAAGGCGCCAGCUGAUCCAGCAGCAGGCUCCGCCCUCCUACGGUCAGCUGAUCGCUCAAGCGGCAUCAUCCUCCCCCGGUGGAGGACUGUCCCACAGGAAAACCCCAACG